AUGGCUGAGGAUAAAAGCAAGAGAGAUUCCAUUGGAUUAAAUGCAAAGGAAGGCCAGACCAACAACGGGUUUGUACAAAAUGAAGACAUCCUGGAGACUGACCUGGACCCAAGUAGCCCAGCGGCCGGGCCACAGCACAACACCGUGGACAUCCUCGGCCCCGGGGAGCCCGACGUGAAGGAUGUCCGGCCCUACGCUGGGAUGCCCAAAGAGGUGCUAUUUCAGUUCUCGGGCCAGGCCCGCUACCGGAUACCACGGGAGGUGCUCUUCUGGCUCACCGUGGCUUCUGUGCUCUUGCUCAUUGCGGCCACCAUAGCCAUCAUUGCCAUCUCUCCCAAGUGCCUGGACUGGUGGCAGGCGGGACCCAUGUACCAGAUCUACCCAAGGUCUUUCAGGGACAGCAACAAGGAUGGGGAUGGAGAUCUGAAAGGUAUUCAAGAUAAAUUGGAUUACAUCACAACUUUAAAUAUAAAAACUGUUUGGAUUACUUCAUUUUAUAAAUCAUCCCUUAAAGAUUUCCGACAUGCUGUUGAAGAUUUCCGAGAAAUUGAUCCCAUUUUUGGAACAAUGAAAGAUUUUGAGAAUCUGGUUGCAGCCAUACAUGAUAAAGGUUUAAAAUUAAUCAUCGAUUUCAUACCAAACCACACCAGUGAUAAACAUGCUUGGUUUCAAUGGAGUCGGAACCGGACAGGAAAAUAUACUGAUUAUUAUAUCUGGCAUGACUGUAACUAUGAAAAUGGCACAACCAUACCACCCAACAACUGGUUAAGUGUAUACGGAAACUCCAGUUGGCACUUUGAUGAGGUACGAAAACAAUGCUAUUUUCAUCAGUUUAUGAAAGAGCAACCUGAUUUAAAUUUCCGUAAUCCUGAUGUUCAAGAAGAAAUAAAAGAAAUUAUACAGUUUUGGCUCUCAAAGGGUGUUGAUGGCUUUAGUUUCGAUGCUCUUCAAUUUCUUCUAGAAGCAAAGCAUCUGAGAGAUGAGGCCCAAGUGAAUAAGACCCAAAUCCCGGACACGGUCACUCACUACUCGCAGCUGCACCAUGACUUCACCACCACACAGGUGGGAAUGCACGACAUUGUCCGCAGCUUCCGGCAGACCAUGAAUCAGUACAGCAGGGAGCCAGGGCGAUACAGGUUCAUGGGGACUGAAGCCCAUGGAGAGAGCAUCACCGAGGCCAUGGUGUACUAUGGGUUGCCUUUUAUCCAAGAAGCAGAUUUUCCCUUCAACAGUUACCUCAGUAAACUAGACAAGCCUUCUGGCAACAGUGUGUCUGAGGUUAUCACAUCCUGGCUAGAAAACAUGCCAGAAGGAAAAUGGCCUAAUUGGAUGACUGGUGGACCAGACAAUGUCCGGCUGACUUCUCGUCUGGGAGAGAAAUAUGUCAACGUCAUGAACAUGCUUGUUUUCACACUGCCUGGAACUCCCAUAACUUACUAUGGGGAAGAAAUUGGAAUGAGAAACAUUUUAGCUGCAAAUCUCAACGAAACCUAUGAUACUGGUACUCUUUUCUCAAAGUCACCAAUGCAGUGGGACAAUAGCUCAAAUGCUGGUUUUUCUGAAGGCAAUCAUACCUGGUUACCCACCAGUUCAGAUUACCAUACUGUGAAUGUUGAUGUCCAAAAGACUCAGCCCAGAUCAGCACUGAAGUUAUAUCAAGAAUUGAGCCUGCUUCAUGCCAAUGAGCUGCUCCUCAGCAGGGGGUGGUUUUGCUACUUGAGGAAUGACAACCAUUCUAUCAUGUACACAAGAGAGCUGGAUGGGAUAAACAAAGUCUUCCUCAUGGUUCUGAAUUUUGGAGAAUCAUCACUGCUAAAUCUAAAGGAAAUGAUUUCAAAUAUUCCCACAAGAGUGAGGAUAAGGUUAAGUACCAAUUCUGCCUACAGUGGCCGUGAAGUUGACACGCAUGCUGUCACACUGGCCAGUGGAGAAGGACUCAUCCUUGAAUACAACACUGGGAAUCUCCUUCAUCGUCAAACAGCUUUCAAAGAUAGAUGUUUUGUUUCCAACCGGGCAUGCUAUUCCAGGGUAUUAAACAUACUGUACAGCUUGUGUUAG